UACCCAAAAUUAUGUCUCAAACAACAACAACGGAUCUUACAGCCCCAUAACAUCACCCCCUUCACCCUCUCACCACUUCUUUCUCUCUCCUCUUUCUCUCUCUAACCAUCCAUGGUUUUUUGAACUUCAACUAUCGUUUUCUACCCUCGUGAACUGCAUGUGAACCUUGUUGGAACUCUGAGAUCUAACGGUACCACCUUUUCUUUUCUCUUCUCAUUCACCUGAUUCAACUGUUUUUGCCUUCAACAACCUUUUCUUUUGUCCCCUUUACAAAUGCUGUUGUUACUUACUUCACGACUCUCCAUUAACUUUAGCUACUUCGGUUACAGUUAGCUUUGAAAUAAUGGAGUCUUCUCUUUUUCUUUUCUCUUUGCUUCUUUUAACUUAAAAUUCCUGUCUUGCUUUGGAGUAGUAGCCGAAGCUGAAGCGGCACUCUGGUUUGGACUAUAAAGUUUGUUUUUUUUUGGAGUUUGUUUGGUUCAAUGGGUUUUAUGAAGUAUUGGGUGGUUUAUGUUUAGUUUUAUGGUGAUUAUUGAUGGGUUGAAUCUUGGUGGGUCUGUGUUUGGAUAAUUGACUAUGAGAGUCGCUGUUUCUGUUUUGGUGAGUAAUUAAUAGGUGUUUUGAAUUGAGCAUUUUGUUAUUAUUUGUUGUUAUUACCAUAAUUGUGAAGUACUAUUGGUAUAUUUGGCAUAGCUGUAAGAAAAAAAAUGAGAUAUUUUGUGAUUUGUUUCAUUAGUUUAGAGGAAAUUCUGGUGUUAGUAGGGUUGGUGUUCUGAUAAUGACUAGGGCUAUUCGGAAUAGGGUACUGAAAGACGCUAAUGGUGAUAUUAGUGAUCAUUUACGGAACCAUAUUCAUUUAACAAAUUGUAUUCACUUGAAGAACCAUAUGCAUAAAAACAGUCCAAUAAUUGCUGAUAGGUCUAUUAUGAGAGACCUUGUUGUGCUUCAAAGAUCGCGGUCUCUUCGGGAUCCUUCUGCGAGUCCUCCGUCGUGGCAUUCUCCUUCUGUGGUUGACUUGCUUUUUAAAAGAGGAGAAAAUGAUGGUGUGAAUCAAGGGGGGAGAAGGUCGGUGGGUGUUGAUAGUCGGAAGGAAGGUAGGAGGUUGUCUGGAAUUGGAAACUCGCCACCGGUGGUGAGUAAAGGUACGGCAAGAGUUGCUCCGGGUGAGGCUAGUAAGGGUAAUGAUGCAGUGCCCGCGGUAACUAGUGAACGAAGUAGUAGGAGUGGGAUCGGGGAUGGGAGGAGAGUUGGGAGAGAAGAAUCUGGGAGGAAGAGUAAUAGGCCUGAUUAUUUGGCAGUUAUCAGUCAAGAGCAACUUCUUGAUGAGGCCGGCAUAAGUUUGGCUGAAGAUAUUGUUUCGAGGCACUCUCAAUCUUUGGAGAGAAAGAGUAGACAGCGGGGAAAGAAUGCUCGAGAAGUUAAGACUCUUUCUGAACAGCUGAAUGAUGUUCCUUUGGAAAGUGAUGAUUUAGCAUCAUCGAACAUUCAUUUUCGGGCAAGGUUUCCGAGACAAGAGAAAAUUGUUGAGGCACAACAAGCCAGCAUGCGCAGUCAUGGAAAUGGAAUGAAUAGGACAAAAAGGCGCAAAUUCCGAAGUGCGAGGAGAGCUCGGGUUGCUACAACGUCAAGAGAUAUUGGAGCCGAGAAUGAAUUGUCUGUGGCUUCAAACUCAUUCGCCGAGGGUUCAACUCACCAGAAAUAUCACUCGGAGGAGGUCAAUGAUUAUGCAAAUGAUAAUGUUACUAGAGCACCCAAAAAUGGGUGUGGCAUGCCUUGGAAUUGGUCCAGAAUUCAUCAUAGAGGUAAAUCUUUCCUUGACAUUGCUGGAAGAAGUUUGUCCUGUGGUUUAUCUGACUCAAGGUUAAAGAAAGGGACGUCUUUAGCUUCAAAUGGACGAAAUAUUUCUGUGAUGCCUGUGGCAGCUGACGGCUCUAGCUCAUGUACUAACUCUGAAGCAGAGGCACUACCUUUACUGGUUGACGCAUCUGGAUCUCAUGGAAGCACGGAAAAUGCUUGUUGGGGCCGUGAUUACUCAGGCGAACUAUGUAUUUAUGGCGACAAUUUAUUGAAACAAGAUAUCGAUUCUGAUCUUGCUUCUGAAGCUAGAUCUGGUAGCCAACAUAAUAAGUUGAGACGGAAUCAUCGUAGUAGACACCAAAGUUUAACUCAAAAGUAUAUUCCACGAACCUUCAGAGAUAUCGUUGGACAGAAUUUAGUGGCACAAGCUCUUUCGAAUGCAGUGAUGAGACGGAAAGUUGGAUUGCUGUAUGUGUUCUAUGGUCCCCAUGGCACCGGGAAAACUUCCUGUGCUCGCAUAUUUGCAAGAGCUUUGAAUUGUAGUUCGAUAGAACACCCAAAACCUUGUGGCUUUUGCAAUUAUUGCGUAGCACAUGAUAUGGGAAAGAGUAGAAAUAUCAAGGAAGUUGGUCCAGUCAGUAAUUUUGACUUUGAGAACAUCAUGGAUCUACUCGAUAAUAUGACUGUUUCCCAUCUUCCGUCGCAGUACAGAGUGUUUAUUUUCGAUGAUUGUGAUACUCUAUCGGCUGAUUGUUGGAAUGCUAUAUCCAAGGUCAUUGAUCGAGCUCUUAGACGUGUGGUUUUUAUCCUUGUCAGUACUAGUCUUGAUGUCUUGCCUCAUAUAAUAAUAUCUAGGUGUCAAAAAUUCUUUUUCCCAAAGUUGAAGGAUUCGGAUAUUGUAAAUACACUGCAGUGGAUUGCAACCAAAGAAGGUCUCGAUAUUGAUAAGGAUGCCCUGAAACUCAUCGCAUCAAGGUCCGACGGAUCGUUGAGAGACGCCGAGAUGACACUUGAACAACUUAGUUUGCUUGGGCAGAGAAUUUCCGUUCCUCUUGUUCAAGAAUUGGUAGGGCUUAUCUCUGAUGAAAAGUUGGUGGAUCUGCUUGAUUUGGCAUUAUCUGCGGACACGGUAAACACUGUAAAAAAUUUGAGAGUGAUAAUGGAAGCAGGAGUUGAACCAUUAGCUUUGAUGUCACAGCUUGCCACAGUAAUUACAGAUAUACUUGCUGGGACCUAUGAUUUCGCUAAAGAAAGGCGAAGAAGGAAGUUCUUCCGAAGACAACCAUUGUUGAAAGAAGACAUGGAAAAGCUUCGUCAAGCUCUGAAAACUUUAUCUGAGGCGGAGAAGCAGUUAAGAAUGUCUAAUGACAAGCUAACCUGGUUGACAGCUGCGUUGCUUCAACUAGCUCCUGACCAGCAAUACGGGUUACCGACUUCAUCUGAUAAUAGUUUCCACCAUAGUCCCUUCGCUCUAAAUAAUGGAAAUGUAAAAGAAGCUACUAGAAACACCGGAAAUCCUGUUGAAAUUCCUAACAGAACAAGACGAAAAUCAAUGGAUGCUAGAACGGAAAAUUCGAACGCUGGAAAUUCAACAGAUAGAAGACAUAGCGUUUCUGGUUUCGCUCCUCAACAUACUUGUUCACAUUCGACUGAUAAGACUAGGAUAAAUGAAAGGCAGAAUUUGGAUAAAAACCGCAAAGAAAUCGAAGAGAUAUGGUUAGAGGUGCUAGAGAGGAUUAACUAUUCUGGUCUCAAAGAGUUUUUGUAUAAAGCAGGAAAGCUGAUCUUCAUUAGUUUCGGGGCAGCUCCAACUGUGCAACUAAUGUUUAACUCUCAACUUUCAAAAUCCACGGCUGAGAAGUUCACUGGUUUCAUCUUACAAGCAUUUGAAUCUGUCCUCGGAUCUUCCGUAACCAUAGAAAUUAGAUGUGAAUCGAAUGAAGAUGCAGACUCGCCUCUUGUAUUGCCUGCUAUCAAUGACGGUACAUCUCAGAUACGAGACUUAAUUGAUGUGGGCACUGAGAAGAGAAGGGGUGAAAUUGUAGAAGAAGACGAAGAAGCCUCUCAUAUGGAGCACAAGAAUAUUGGGCAGCAGGGUAUGGGACAAGUGUCAACGUCUCAAAAAACACCGAGUGUUGUGUCACAUAGUCAAAGUCGAAGUCUUGUAAGAAGUAAGGUAUCUCUUGCUCAUGUAAUCCAGCAGGCAGAAAGUCAACGAAGUGGAUGGUCAAAACGCAAAGCAGUUUCUAUUGCUGAAAAGCUCGAACAAGAGAAUCUGAGACUGGAGCCAAGAUCAAGGAGCUUGCUAGGCUGGAGAGCAUCUAGAGCAACUCGUCGGAAGCUAUCGCGCUUGAAAAUACGAACUCGAAAAACACGCGCGUUGCUGAAUCUUGUCUCAUGCGGGCAAUGUCUCUCCACAAAAUCUCCCAGAUCACAACCAACUUCUUAUUUCUUCAUGUUCAAGUAAGAUUUGUGGCCACACUACAGCAGCAAAAUCAAAUCCCAUUUUCAGUUACCUUUAUUUUCCUUGAUGUACCACCUUAAUAUCCCACAAGACAGAUAAGAUAUACCCUCAUAGUACUAUUAUUGCAAACUUUGCACCUAAUUAUC